CAACGACGACAGAACGUGGACAGGCGUGUGGGGAUUAGACGAUCAAGCGUAUACGCUGAUACAAGAUGCUCAACAGAGCAAGUGAGAGGGAAGAGAGAAAAGAAGAGACGACAGGAACACAGAUACUAAUAUCCAUAGCUUAAUACAAUGUACAUACCAGUAUUGCAUUGGUUCUUUCGGUUUUGGUCAGCUGCCCAGCAGAUGUGCAGAUUGACCACUGCUGCGAUGUCACCAACACCAGCAUGGGCGUAUCAUCAUAUAACUGGCGGCGCGAAUGGCCCGGACGGCGCGUCAGGCCGUACCCUCCGCGGUCACACCCAAGUCACACCCCCACCAUCGAAGUCGGGUCGAUACUUCACCUCGGUUCAGCUCGUUUCACCUCGCGGCAAUAUUACCGAGCGAAGAGUCAGACUUCCUGGCGAUUUCCAGGUCGUGAAGUGACCUUUGCGAGCCCUCGCUAUUACCGAGCUGUUGAGUCAAGGCCCAGCAAGGCUUGUCAGACCAUUUAAGGACUAGCGACCUCUACUAGGUUGAGUAAGCCCAGUAAGGCCUUCGUAGCUAGGUGAACAAACAGAGAUGGAGAGAUGAAGAUACAGGUUAAGAGAUCAAGAAGAAGAAAAGGGCAAAGGUGAGUAGAAAAGCGUAGAUCACAAAGGAGAAUGCGAUCUAGUGUGUGGGGGGAAGGCCGCCGAACGCUAUGCUCUGGAAUCGAGCGAGCGUACCGAGACGCCGAGAUGCCGAGACUGCACGUGCACAG